CCACCGAGGUCCAAGCUGUACUUGCUGCCCCAUUGAGAACGAGGCGGCAGCAGUAGCGGUGACCGUGUUGCUGAGGAGCUGGACUCCGGGCAUGCAGAGCUGACCUGCCUGGCACCCGCGGCCCUCUCCUAUUUCCUUCUCACUCUAUUGGAACCCUCAAAAGAAAGAAUAAAACAACUGGAAGAAAGAAAAGGUGUGAAAUUGUGACAAAGACCCAACCGGGUUCUCUUUGUUACAAACUCCUCCAUAUCUGCUGCUGCAACAAUGAGUGGGAAAUCCCUGCUCUUAAAGGUCAUUCUCUUGGGUGAUGGUGGAGUUGGGAAAAGCUCACUUAUGAACCGUUAUGUAACUAAUAAGUUUGACUCCCAGGCUUUUCACACCAUAGGGGUAGAGUUCUUAAACCGAGAUCUGGAGGUAGAUGGACGCUUUGUAACCCUUCAGAUCUGGGACACUGCAGGGCAGGAACGUUUCAAGAGCCUUAGGACACCCUUCUACAGGGGAGCAGACUGCUGCCUCUUGACCUUCAGCGUGGAUGACCGACAGAGCUUUGAGAACCUUGGCAACUGGCAGAAAGAAUUCAUCUACUAUGCAGAUGUAAAGGACCCUGAGCACUUCCCCUUUGUAGUUCUGGGUAACAAGGUAGACAAAGAGGAUAGGCAAGUGACUACCGAGGAGGCACGAGCCUGGUGCAUGGAGAAUGGGGAUUACCCUUAUCUAGAAACAAGUGCCAAAGAUGAUACUAAUGUGACAGUGGCCUUUGAAGAAGCUGUCAGGCAGGUUUUGGCUGUAGAGGAACAGCUGGAGCAUUGCAUGUUAGGCCACACCAUUGACUUGAAUAGUGGCUCCAAAGCAGGAUCUUCAUGCUGUUAAAAGUAGUCUUUUUAAAAUGUGCCCCAAAUUGUUCAGUUAGUAGUAUAAGAAUAACUGUGCCCCUCUAAGAGUGCAUACACACACACACACACACACACACACACAACGGUAAGAGAUAAGGUUGUGAUUGUGAAUCAAAGCCUUUCAAAUUGAAGCUGUAGAAUGAUUUAAAAAAAAAAAAAAGCUUUGUCAAGCCAAGUGUAUUUUGUGUGAUUUCUGCUAUUUCCCCUUCUGUGUGUAUCAAGACAUGUCAGAAAGCUUUAGUCCUGAGAGAUAAAUAUUUUUCAAAUCACAGUUUAAACCUAGAGCUCAGCAGCAUGAAAGAGUUAAAGAGCUAAAGUUAUCCCUUAAAGUGUUCCAUUAAUCAACUAACAAAUAUCACCAUCAGACUUUUGCCAAACCGUUUCUGACAUUUCUGUCAAAGGAAAAAAAAAGACUCUGCGCUAUAUUAUAAUAAAAAAUAAUAAUACAAACAAGGAUGUCCCAACCUUAAAUUAUAGGGAGGCUGUAAUGAUAAAGAAUCAAAAGUAUAAUGAUGUACACUGCCUUGUUUAAUCCUUAUGUAUAGUUUGCCCCUCUCUGGGCUUUUAAAAAAAUACCACCUCAACAACAGAUACCCUAAUGACACUGGAAAUUGAUUGUACUCUUGAGUUUAAAGGGACAGGGUAUUAGUGAAUGGAUUAUGCUUAAAUAUGCCAACCACCCUUGCAAAUAAAUGGUUGGUUUGCUUUUACUUAAUAACUCUACUUCUGUAUAGAGAUGUUGCUUCUCUGACAACCUCUUAUUAAUUUAGCAAUGCUGCUUAAUAUAUGGCUUUGGGUGCAAUGCUCUCUGCUCAUAAUUUAGAUGGUUCUUUAGUCUACCAUGCUGGUCCCACAAAGAAGGCUUCAGAAAAGAUUAGGGAAUAAUUGGCUUUUCUCCCAAGGUUCUUUAAUUCGAAUACUUACUAUAGAAGAAGAAAUGGAUUUCUUGUAUGUUGCACUGUAGGUUUCAGCGGACCAAAUUAGGACAUUGAAAAUGACAAGAGAGCAGACUUCAACCCAGUGUUAGAAUGGACUUCCUCAUAAUUAGAGUUGUCCAACAGUGGAAUAGACUGCCUUAAUACUGAGCUCUCCUCCAUUGGAAUUAUUCAAGGAGAUGCUGAAUGACCAUCCUUUAAAACAGCAUAAAAAAGAAUUUCUGUACUGGCUAGAUAUUCAUUCUAAGGUCCCUUCCAGCUCUAAGUUCUGUGAACCUAUAAACUGUGUUUCAAUGCCAUUUGAUAGCUAGAUUUAUCUUAAGAUAACACCUAACACCAUGAAGAGUGACUUUUAAAAAUUUUCAAACUAUUCUGGGAUCAGCCUUUAACAACAGCUUCUGCAUAGUUCUUCCCUUUGCUUUUGCAUUGGAGCAGAAAAAAUUCUUGAGCUCUGAGUAAUCUUUAUGUGCCCUGAUGGAAACAGCCUAAAGAUAACAUUAAAAUGCAAAAAUGGUUUGUCAAUUUUUGAUUACGAUGACUACCAGUUAUAUACCGUAUUAUGCAGUCUAGUUCUUGUUGAUCUGUUUGUGCAGCAUAACUUUUAAUCUGUACUUUAUAGCAUCUAUGAUAAAAAUAGUGACCCAAAGUAGUGAGGAACAGUUAGAAAUGCCCCCCCCCCCAAAGAGACCCAGGCUGGGAAGGGGGUGGGAGCUUUCACAGGAAUACAGCCUAGAACUCUCCAUUGUAGCCACAUAUGGAAUCAGCCUUACACGUGGAACCUUAUGUGCUUUAAGAGCUCUGGGACUUUUGGGCCACAUAAACAAGCGGAGAAAGAUACUACAACCCAGUCAUACCCAAUAUUUCCAAUUAAGAUAUAGCCCUGAACUGAUUGUCUAACUAACUUUGAUGCCAGAAGUCAAAGCCAGAACUGGGACCCCACAGCUCUUAAGUAUAGGUCCCCAUUCUGCCUCUGCCUAUAGCCAGCCACGAUAAUUUCCAAGUUUCAUGAUCAUUUUGCUACAAUCAUGUUAGGAUGGAAAUCGGUACAUUGCUGUAGUCAGAACUGUUAAAUGCUAAUUGUUUUUAAGGCAUGAGACCUGGGGCCUUCUCUUUCUACUUGCACUCUGCUUAUAGUAGUUUCUAUUUGUAGAUCUCAGGCCUUCACAAAGACCUCCACCAACUCACAAAAGUCCUUGUCUCUGUUAGAGUGGCAUGUAGUCAUUUGAGUAACAAGUCAUGUAAGUAUUCCAUUCAUAGGCCUCCUGUCCACCCAAGACAAGUAUUAAUUUUAUGGCAGGUCAGUUGAAGCCUCUUACCUCAUAGGCAUAUCAUUUUUUUUUCCUUCCAAAUCACGACACAAUAUGUUAAUGAAGGCAUUUAGCAAUAAGUGACAAAAGCAGUGGCACUUUGGUGUGUAACUCAAUAGGGUGUUGACAUAUAGUGUGGGUAAGAUUAAAAAUCACCAAAGGCUGAAAUCUGAGCACCAGGAACUGUGCAUAUAUGCUUAGAAAUUGGCAGUGUACCCUGGAAUGUUCAGUGCAAUGUUUUCAGUGAGUUUUUUUAAAAAAACAAGCACUAGAUUUUUCGAAUAAGAUAUUUCUAAUUAGAACUAUAUUCAGUUUUCCAACGGUCCAUUAAAACAUCAUACAGAAUUUUAAUUUAGUUUAUUUUCUUGUAUUGGGCUAAUAUUCAAGGGGCCUCAGAUUCCAUGUCUUCAGUGGCUUGGUGAAUUUCAGGUUAUUUUGUGCCUGCCUCAGCCAUCUUUACUUUUUCCUGAGGUAUUCCACAAUCCUCUUGUUGCAGGUGCUGCUAAAAAUCUCAAAAUUGUGUAUCAGAUAUUUUGUUUCAACUGUUAAAAAUCAUCUGUGUUAAAAUGAAUAAAAAGCGCAUUUUGAAUAACCAA